AUGUCUACUUCCAUUCUCAGUUUCUCACCUUGGAGGAGCAGGUCCUCCAGCUUCUCCUCGCAGAUAGCCCGCCAGCAGUCCUCUCACGACGAUGUGGCGGAAGCUGCAACCUCCCACGACGACUCCGCCCAACGCUUGUCUUCUUCUGCAGGAUCACCAAAGGCGUAUCGGGAACCAAUUCGAUCCUAUCUCCAUACUUCAGUUCGAGGACAGCUGCCUCCCGUCGACAGCGAGCAAAAUGCCCGAACCGUCCGUGAAGAUACUGCCGAGCUAGCUAGCUACCUGUUGUCCGAUGGCACCGCUCCUAGGCGGCCAUCAUUCUUGCAGCGGAACAGAGCGUCGGCACAGGAUCUUUUUCAACAGGCUCAGGAUGGACGCAAGCGAGCCGAAGACGAUGCUGCUGCUUCUGGCACCAUCCCAGAAGUAUCAGAGCCGGCGUCUCCUGAGGAGCGGGACGCAGACACUGCGGUGGACAUUGCGGUUGAGGAAACAGGACCUUCAAUGUUGUCCAAUCUUCUGAGAAGAUCGCCACCGCAUUCUGUCGCUGCCGACGCUCCUAGUUCAACCGAGCCGCCAGCCGUCGAGUCGAGACAGCGACGGAAAGCUUCAGAAGAUGAGUAUGACCAGCCCAGACGGCCCGAGCAAACUCCUGCCGCCAACGAACAGACGCCUCUUCUAGGUCAUGUGUCGGAUGAAAGCGACGAUACUAUUGGCGAUCUCGAGGGACAAAAAGAUACUCAGCUCAGGAAAUGGUAUGCCGGAUUUGUCGAGAAGGGACAGGAACUUGAGGGCCAUGUUUUGCACGUAGUCAAGAUGGCAGUAAACCCUCAUCGAUGGGAUCGCAAGGCUUUGUGGCAUAACAUGGUUGUGGAACCAGUCUCGUGCCUUCCGGCUGUUACUGUUGGGCUCUUGCUCAAUAUCCUAGAUGCCCUAUCCUACGGAAUGAUUCUAUUCCCUCUUGGGAAGCAGUUAUUUUCGCAUUUGGGCUCUGCUGGUAUCUCCAUUUACUACGUCAGUACGAUUGUGGCCCAAGUCACCUUCUCAUCCGGUAGUAUCUUCAGGGGAGCCAUCGGGUCCGAACUGAUCGAAGUUGUUCCCUUCUUUCAUAAUAUGGCGCAAAAGAUUAUGGAUAAUGUAGGUGAAGACAAGCCUGAUGCCGUUAUCGCCACCACCAUUGUCGCAUACGCCGCGAGUUCCAUCAUGACGGGCCUAGUCUUUUAUCUCAUGGGUAAAUUCAAGUUUGGCUACAUGGUGGGUUUCAUCCCCAGGCACAUCCUCAUCGGCUGCAUUGGCGGUGUUGGCUGGUUCCUGAUUGCCACUGGAUUUGAGGUCUCGGCACGUUUGGAUGGUCUUGAGUACAAUCUGGAUACUCUGAACAAGCUGACACGGUCCGACACUCUCCUUCUGUGGAUCUUUCCGCUCGUGUUGGCUAUUUUUCUGUUCUACGGGCAGUCCAAGAUACGGUCCAAGUACUUCCUACCGCUUUUCAUCCUAGCCAUUCCACUGAUAUUCUACAUCUUUGUCUUCUCGAUUGACGCUUUGGAGGUGGACGCAUUGCGUGACAACGGCUGGAUAUUUCAGGGGCCACCACAAGGAGAGCCUUGGUGGUACUUUUACACGCUGUACCAGUUCAACUUGGUACAUUGGGAUGCUAUUCUCGAGGUUGUGCCUGCAAUGAUGGCUUUGACCUUCUUCGGUAUUCUCCACGUCCCCAUCAACGUGCCCGCAUUAGCUUUGAACACGGGAGAGGACAAUGCAGAUCUCGACAAGGAGCUCAAACUGCAUGGCUACUCCAAUAUCCUGUCAGGAUGUAUGGGUAGUAUCCAAAAUUACCUUGUCUAUGCCAACACUAUCUUUUUUGUCCGGUCUGGCGGAGACAAGAGGCUUGCAGGUUACAUUUUGGCCGUAGCCACGUUCGGCGUCAUGAUGAUUGGGCCAUCACUGAUCGGCUUCAUCCCAGUUAUGAUGGUGGGAACACUCAUUUUCGACCUGGGAUUCGAACUUCUCCUAGAAGCAAUCUGGCUUCCUCGUAAAAAGCUCAAGGUUGCCGAAUACUUAACCGUCAUCGUCAUAGUUCUCGUGAUGGGCAUCCACGACUUUGUUGUUGGUAUUGGAGUCGGAAUCUUGUUGGCUUUUGUUUCGUUGAUUAUUCAGACCUCUCGAGUCUCGGCCGUCCGGGCAUCAUAUGAUGGUGGAAUCGUUAGCUCGACAGUUCGUCGCAACCCAUCACAGCACCACUACCUAAAUCAGGUUGGCCAGCAGAUCUACAUCAUGAAACUAACUGGAUACCUCUUCUUUGGAACCAUUGUCAGCGUUGAAGAAAAGAUUCGAGCACUGCUAGAUGACCACACCUUCUCCAAAAAGCCCAUCAAGUUCCUCAUCCUAGACCUGUGGCACGUUACCGGACUGGACUACUCUGCUGGCGAAGCCUUCAACACAAUCAGCCGUCGCCUCGACAAGAAGGGCGUCCUUUUUGUCCUCAGUGGAGUUGAUGCAGAAAGCCAGUUGGGGCGAAAUCUCCGCGCUGUCGGUCUGGAUAACGACAAGGUCAACAUGCUGCCCAACCUAAACUCGGCACUGGAAGGCUGCGAAAACGAGCUCCUCAAGACCCUGUACGCCAGACAAGAAGAACUCAACUCAGCCAAGAGAAUCGCCACACCAAGUCUCGACGUCCCAACAGCGGCAAACUCAUCAUCCUUCUCAUCUUUUGACCCGCCAUUCAACUCACCCCGACAAACACACCUCGUCGAGGCCGCCCGCGAGGCCCUCACGAGUGUCGACAUACCUCACGCCUCUAAAUGGCAAAGCUUCAAUGAGCCCCUUCGCCUGAUGCUCCAAGUUUUCCAAGGCUUGAGUGGCAAGAAUGAGGACUUUUGGUUCCAAGCAACAUCCUACUUUAAGAGAAAAGAGUACCCCGCAGGGACAGUCCUAUUCCGCCGCGGCGAGAAAGCAAACGGCUUCUAUCUCGUGGAGCGGGGCAUACUUCGCGCGGAGUACGACUUACCGCAGGGCUGGCUUUGCGAAAGCAUAGUUGCUGGCACUACAUGUGGCGAACUACCAUUCUUCUCGGAGACGGAACGCACGGCGACGGCGGUGGUGGAGAGGGACUGUGUAGUGUGGCAAAUGGAUUGUGAGGCGUGGGAGAAAUUGCAAAAGGAUCAGCCGAGUGUUGCAAGGGAGUUUUUGAGGAUAUCAUUGAAGUUGACGAGCGAGCGGAUGAGUUCUAUCACGUCGUACAUGCUAACUACAGCGGGGUGA